UUCCGGCCCCUGGGGUUCUGCCGUCUACACUCUACCUCGCGUGGUCGCCGGCGGCCCGCCCAGGCGCCCAAGUCCCAACCGGCUGACGACCUGACGUCUCUGCUCAGUGCGAACUGCGAAGUGCAACCUCUACCUCUGUGGGAGUCGACGGUCGCCGGCCUCUGUGGGAGUCGAAAGUGGGAAGUGCAACAUCUCCGGCAUCUGCUCGUCGUCAACGGUCGAACCCAGCUUCUGCCACCGUGCCAUGUCUCUGCUCGAACCCAGGAUCCAGAUGGCAAGUGGGUGGAAGACAAUGAUAUGAAUGUGGAGAUACUCAGUUAUUGGAGCCAUUUACAAUUGACGAGGUUAAAGCUGCUCUUUUUGACAUGGCUUCUGAGAAAGCGCCUGGACCGGAUGGGUAAUCUGUCAGAUCUUGGAAUUGGGUUUUUUUUUUCCGACGAGUGCGGCGGCGACGGGGAUAAUGACUUUGGGAGGGUGGUGCUGUCAAGUGCUUUACAGUUUGAUGAUUUUAUUCCCAACAUAGAAACAAAGAAGCCUUGCAGAGAGAUUUCGUUUCCCAGUUAUGAUAAGUCUCUUCUGGAAUCCUUCCCUCAAGAUGUUCUGAUUAGGAUAAUUCUUGGACUUGAUCAUGAUGAUUUGAGCAGGUUGUUUCAUGUCUCCAAGACCAUUCGAGAAAUGGAAGAAGAAUCUCUGAGCUCUUCACUUGAAAAGCUUGACAUUGUUGCUGUCAUCAUGAAAUGGAUAAUGGAUAUAUUAUUGCUGAAUUGA